AUGCCCCCACAAACUAGAAGAAUGGCGUUCCCGAAGGUGGUCAUUGAGAGAGAAACGGACUCUGAGCAAAGCUCAUCCGAAGAAGACGAAGCAGACGUAGAACAAGAGGAAGAGGUAGUGUUGGAGAGCGAAAAUGAAGGAAAAGUCGAACAGGCUCUGGAUGAAAAGAAGAAAGGGAAAGCUCCCAUUACGAUUAGUCUGAAGAAAGUUUGCAAAGUGUGCAAAAAGCCUGGACAUGAAGCUGGUUUCAAAGGCGCUACUUACAUUGAUUGCCCAAUGAAACCUUGCUUUCUUUGUAAAAUGCCUGGCCACACUACAGUGGCAUGCCCACACCGAGUGGCUACCGAGUAUGGGGUCGUCCCAGCACCCCAUAAAAGUACCCGGAACGCGUUGGAGUAUAUGUUUGAACGCCAGAUUAGACCUCGUGUUCCUCCAAUCAAGCCAGCAUUUGUGAUCCCAGAUCAAGUAAGUUGUGCAGUUAUCAGAUAUCACAGUAGACGGGUAACUAGCUUGGAGUUCCAUCCAACAAAAAAUAACAUUCUUUUAUCUGGGGAUAAGAAAGGACAACUUGGAGUCUGGGAUUUUGUCAAAGUACACGAAAAGAUUGUUUAUGGAAAUGUACACUCAUGUAUACUCAACAAUAUGAAGUUUAAACCUGCAAGUGAUGAUACAGUCUAUGCUGCAUCCUCAGAUGGAACUAUUAGUUGCACUGAUUUGGAGACUGGAAUUUCAGUAUCUCUGAUGAACCUUAACCCUGAUGGAUGGCAGGGGCAAAACAGCUGGAGGAUGCUUUAUGGCAUGGAUAUCAAUGCAGAAAAAGGUGCUGUGCUUGUUGCUGAUAACUUCGGUUUUCUGUACUUGGUUGAUACUCGCUCCAAUGACCCAACUGGGAAGCCAAUUUUGAUCCAUAAGAAAGGUAGCAAAGUUGUUGGACUCCACUGCAAUCCUGUUCAACCAGACCUUCUCCUGAGUUGCGGAAAUGAUCACUUCGCUCGAAUAUGGGACAUUCGUCACAUCGAAGCUGGUUCUUCCAUUUAUGACCUUGCGCACAGCCGUGUUGUUAACUCUGCAUAUUUUUCUCCAGUGUCUGGCAGCAAAAUUCUUAGCACUUCACAGGACAACCGUCUUCGUAUAUGGGACUCCAUAUUUGGCAAUAUGGAUUCACCAAGCCGAGAGAUUGUACACAGUCAUGACUUUAAUCGCCAUCUGACUGCUUUCAAAGCUGAAUGGGAUCCAAGGGACUCGUCGGAGUCCCUUGCAGUUAUUGGUCGUUAUAUAAGUGAGAACUAUGACGGAGCUGCCUUGCAUCCCAUUGAUUUUAUAGACGUCAGCACAGGACAACUAGUUGCUGAGGUCAUGGAUCCAAACAUCACUACAAUCAGUCCAGUGAACAAGCUACAUCCGCGUGAUGAUGUUUUGGCAUCUGGUAGUUCAAGGUCACUUUUCAUUUGGAAGCCGAAGGAGAAGUGCGAGCCGGUGGAACAGAAGGAUGAAGGGAAGAUUGUUAUUUGUGCUGGAGCUGAGAAGAAGCGGAACCGGAAGCUUGGGGAUGGAAGUGAUGAUUCUGAUGAUGACAAGUUCCGCCCCAAGGGCAAGAAUUUAAAGUCCAAAAAAUCUGCUUCGAAAUCAAGUCAAUAUACUAUUAAGGUUAAACGCUGAUCUCACAAGAACGUAGUCUGAUAUCUAAUGGUGCAGAAAUUUUGUUUUUGAGGUGGUGUUGAGGUUUUUCAUCCGCCAAGCCUGUACAGAUAUACCAACGUGUUCACCCCUCCUAGUGUUUCUUCGACAUAGCAUUACUAGUGUUUUAACAUCUCACUGCUUUUGUAAACACCUUAGAAGGUGAAUGACUGGGAGGAGAAGUUCUUUUGUCCAUGAAGGUCUUAUGCGACCCUCUCUCACGGUCUGGUGGACCAUGUUUGCGGGUCCCACCUCACUGUGAGAGGGGGCUGUAGGACAUGUCCCAUACAAGAUGUUUUCUUUCUGGAGGACCUACAAUCUAUAUUGUUGUAUUGUGUCGCUGCUCAAGAUCCUUUUGCGUUGUAUUAUUAUGGCAAGCAGGUUUGUAUUCCACCUUCUGGUUAUUCAUGUUUAGAUUGUAGUAAUUUACCUGGCUGUGGAGGGCAGAUGGUGAUUGAUUAUUGUCAAGAACUGCUAAAUUGGCUGGUUUUUCUUCAAAUAGAAAAAAAAAAAAAACAAUCUUUUGACU